CUACGGAAGUUUCCUCUACGGCUGCGCGGGGCCAUCAUGUGGUCAACAUUCAUGAACAUAUUUUAGGACUUUCUGUAUUUUAUCAUUAUCGCCAAAUCUAGCCGUAUUCACAGUAACGUUGGAAUACAAAAUAUUGAAAAAAUGGAUACUCAAAAUAUUUGAGUCCAUAAGCGAGCAGAGGGAUAAGAGUUUUAAUAAACCUACGUGUCUUCUACCAGGUCAUAACACCAAGCCUCCAAAACAUGGCAGCUUCCUUGAGCACCGCUGAAAGCAAGAAUCUUUUGCAAUUUCUGAAACUAGUUGGACAACUAAAAAGAGUCCCACGCACCGGCUGGGUGUACAGGAAGGUGAAGCAGCCCGAGAGCGUCUCCGACCACAUGUACAGGAUGUCUAUAAUGGCGAUGACCAUCACAGACCCCAAAGUCAAUAAGGAAAGGUGCAUGAAGAUCGCACUGGUUCACGAUAUGGCAGAGAGCAUUGUGGGAGAUAUUGCUCCAAUGGAUAAGGUCAGCAAGGAAGAGAAGCAUAGAAGAGAAAAGGAAGCAAUGACAACUUUAACAGAUUUGCUGCAAGGGGGUCUGAAAAAUGAGAUUUAUGGACUCUGGGAGGAGUACGAGUCACAGAGCAGCCCGGAAGCACGGCUGGUCAAAGACUUUGACCUUGCAGAGAUGAUCCUUCAGGCCCAAGAGUAUGAAGAACUGGAGGAAACCCCCGGAAGACUGCAGGAGUUCUUUGACUCGACGGAAGGUCGUUUUCACCACCCCGAUGUGAUUCAGCUGGUCGACUGUCUCAAGGAAGAGCGAAGAGGUCACAUGAGCAAGGUUGCCGAACCUCCGACACAUACGUCCUAACUGGGAACACGGACCACCGGACACACUGCCCUGAGGUGGAGGACCUCCGAAGACCGGAAGACGCCAGAUUUGCAUUAAACAGAACACCGAAUUAUUGACAUUGUUGAUAAAUGCAAAUGGUUUCCAUGGUUGCUGCUAUUUUUAUUUUAUUUUUUUCCUUUACCCUGACCUCCUGUUUAAACUAUUUGUGUCGGGUCACAUGUUUAACUUCAUUAUGUGAGCAUUAGCCACCCAGUGUUCCACUAUAUGGUCAUAUGACCCGUGGUCCUGUGACGCUUUAGAGGGGCUUCGGGAUUCUGGAUUCUAUACUAUAAGAAAAUUUAGGGAAAAAACGAAAUCAUUGGUCAGCAUGGCCAUUUCUGUUACAAAUUGCUAUAUGUGGCUCUAUUACAUAAAAUCUGACAGACAUUUCAAAACUGCUGUUUGAUGUAACCUUUGGUAAGAGUAUUUCAAAUAUAUUUUGUAGUACAUUCAAUAUGCAUUUUGAUAUACAUUCACACAUUUCCGGACAAAUUUUCCGUAAAAAAUAAAUAAAACAAACAUUAUGGUUUACUCAUAAAUGCAGUUUAUUUAAAAUAUAGUAUAGUUGAAAUAAUAGAGUAACAAUAAAAACCGGAAACAGUAACAUUUCGUUUCAAUGCCAUGUAUUUGGAUAUGCCAACAUUGCAAGGUUUUAGUAAAAAGCUUUGGUAAAAGUUUA